AACCAAGGUCUGUAGUGAUGCCUCUAGCACUGAGAUGCAGUACCUUAGACCGCUGUGAUACAGCCUGGAAUCGAACAAAGGUCUGUAGUGAUGCCUCUAGCACUGAGAUGCAGUACCUUAGACCGCUGUGAUACAGCCUGGAAUCAAACCAAGGUCUGUAGUGAUGCCUCUAGCACUGAGAUGCAGUGCCUUAGACCGCUGUGAUACAGCCUGGAAUCAAACCAAGGUCUGUAGUGAUGCCUCUAGCACUGAGAUGCAGUACCUUAGACCGCUGCGUCACUCGGGAGCCCAUGUGGGCCUGGUUAAAAGUAGUGCCUUUUAAAGGGAAUAGAGUGCCAUUUGUGACGCGUUGUAACGAUGGUCUCGUCUGUUUCUCUGAGGAACAGAAACCUGCAGUUGGAUUUCAGGUGCAACUUCCAAACUGUUUCUAUGAGGAACAGAUUUCAGGUCCAACUUCCAUACUUGGUGCGUCUCAACGGUCUAUAUGAUGCACUACUUUGACCAGAGCCCCCAUAGUACACUAUAUAAAGUAGUGCAUCAUAAAGGGAAUAGGGUGCUAUUCGGUCUAUCCUUAGGGUCUAGUGUUCCAGUCAGUCAGAGUAGGUAUCUGAGACAGGUAGACUGAAUCAGAUCAGUCAUCCUCAUCUGUAGUCACUUAGCAACAACCAGGGUCUCUGUGUUCCAAGGUCUCUGUGUUCCAGGGUCUCUGUGUUCCAGGGUCUCUGUGUUCCGGUCAGAUCAUCACUACCACCACCUAGUCCUGUUCUGCUGGGACUACACACCUCUACAGGGAGAUGGAUGCUGAAGGAGUCAACAUGGAGAGGUUUCCUACAGGGAACCUGUAUAGCACUGUAGAGGAAGGAUUGAGACCUACUACUCCCGGCAACGGAACCAAUGUCACCACUGAUUUCUACGGCAGCGCAGACUAUGACGAGGAGUACAGGGAUGAACGCUGCUCCAAGACAGACGUGGUCAGGUUCGGAGCCCUCGUCACACCCAUGGUCCUCUCCGUGGUCAUUGUGCUAAGCCUUGUGGGUAACCUGCUGGUGCUGUUGAUUCUGGCCAGGUACGAGCAUCUUCGGUCACUGACAAAUGCGUUCAUGAUGAACCUGGCGUUGUCUGACCUGGUGUUCACCUGCGGCCUCCCCUUCUGGGUCUCCUAUCACCUGAUUGGCUGGAGCUACGGUGACCUCACGUGUAAGGCGGUUAGCUUCCUGUUCUAUGCUGGCUACUACAGCAGUGGCAUCUUCCUCAUCCUAAUGACACUGCAUCGUUACCUGGCCGUGCUCCACCCCCUGUCUUACCUGGUGUCAGGCCCCUCCCACUCUCAGGGCACCUGGAGCGCUGUCGUAUCAUUGGUCGUCUGGACCGUCAGUCUGUUAGCUGCUAUGCCAGCUCUCAUCUUUACCAAGUUCAUCAUCACUGAUUCUACUGACUUUAAAGACCCUCUGGACCCUAACAACCCUGAUGGGCCUAGUGACUCUAACGCCCCUAGUGGUGAACAGCGGUACUGUGAGGUUGCAGAUGUCAGCUGGAGGCUGUGGGGGGUCUACCAGCAGAACAUCCUGUUCAUAGUGACAUUAUUAGUAGUGUGUGUCUGUUACAGUCAGAUUGUAGUCCGCCUCCUGAGACCCAGGGUUAGGGUUAGACGCCAGAGGAGCGGAGGAGACAGGAGGAGCCACAGGACCGCCAGGCUGGUCUUCGGCCUGGUCCUGGUUUUCUUUGUGGGCUGGGCGCCGUACAACGUGGUCAUCUUCCUCAGGACGCUGGUGUAUAAGAGUCAAGAUGGUGGCGGUGCUGAUUCAUCCACAACACUAUGGGACGAGUGUGGCACCAGCACCACGUUGGACUACUCCUUCUAUGUGACCAGGCUGCUGGCGUUCUCCUACUGCUGUCUCAACCCUUUGUUCUACGUGUUCGUUGGGGUCAAGUUCCGGAACCACCUGAAGAGAAUGUUGAAGGGUUGUUGUCAUAGUGUUACCGUUGUCAACAACAACAACAACAGCAGUGUUCUGUACAGGAGCAGCAGACUGACAUCACAGUCCAGUGGGGAGGAGUUCUCCCUUUAAAUAACAACACUGUAAACAACACCAACAAUAGACACCUGAAACCCCACCUCUUUAAGGAAUACCUAGGAUAGGAUAAAGUAAUCCCUCUCACCCCCCCCCCCCCUUAAAAGAUUUAGAUGCACUACUGUUCCACUGGAUGUCAUAAGGUGAAUGCACCAAUUUGUAAGUCGCUCUGGAUAAGAGCGUCUGCUAAAUGACUUAAAUGUAAAAUGUAAAUGUAAAUAGCAGUAGUCUGUACAGGGGGAGGAGUCCAGGGGGAGGAGUCAAUGUACUAGACAUCACUUUCAUACUAGAUGUUGUAGUAUUCUUUACUUCAUGUUACCUGGAGCCUUACACUUUCAUACUAGAUAUUGUAGUAUUCUUUACUUCACGAUGACUGGAGCCUUACACUUUCAUACUAGAUAGUGUAGUAUUCUUUACUUCAUGAUGACUGGAGCCUUACACUUUCAUACUAGAUAUUGUAGUAUUCUUUACUUCAUGAUGACUGGAGCCUUACACUUUCAUACUAGAUAUUGUAGUAUUCUUUACUUCAUGAUGACUGGAGCCUUACACUUUCAUACUAGGUUUAAUACCAUGUUUAAUACCAGGUUUAAUACCAUGUUUAAUACCAUGUUUAAUACCAUGUUUAAUACCAGGUUUAAUACCAUGUUUAAUACCACGUUUAAUACCAUGUUUAAUACCAUGUUUAAUACCAGUUUUAAUACCAGGUUUAAUACCAUGUUUAAUACCAUGUUUAAUACCAUGUUUAAUACCAGGGUUAAUACCAUGUUUAAUACCACG